UCCUUAACGACAAGCAAAACUACAUAUGCACCUUUUGUCCUCAAAGGAAUAUCAUGCUGCUGUUGAAAGCACACAACAAGAGAAAGAUAUGAAACGUGCCAAGGGACCAGUGUGUAAGCCGAAGUCACUGAGAAAUUGCGCAACCCUUUGUGUGCUGUUGGCAGUGGCACUCCUAUUGUAUCAUGACCCAUUUCUACUACUAUGGUGGCCACAGAAACCUACUGAGAAACCUAAGAUUAGUGGUUCACCUCUGGAUCUGGCGACAGACUCCAUUGAUGACAUGUAUGACGGCUGCCGAUCUGAAACAGCCUCUGUGAUCGACCUGUUUGGCGUGUUUGAGUGGCACUUCAACAGAAACUUCAGUUUUGCCUGGGCCUCAGCUGAAAGAAAUGCAAAGAAACCUGUGCACAAACACCUGAAAGAAGAUCAUGCUAUAGUUUUAUACAUGUACACAAAAAUGGAAAUUAUCCGACACGCUCUCAACAAAGCAGUGAAAACAGGGAGACACAAGUAUAGCACGAAUGGAUUUAAGUUCCACUACUUCUACUUCUACCUGACUGAUGCCAUUCAAGUUCUGCGUUACAAUCAGACAUUGUGCAAAACCACCUGCCUGUACAGCAUGUGAAGUCCUUCACCAUAUGUA